AUGGCCUCAGACAAUGUGGAGGAGUUUGACCUCAUGCGGUAUCUGCACCUCUCCUCACUCAAGGAUGAGAAGCAGUUAACAGAGGGGGAGAGGCAGGCGCUUGCGGAGCAGCGCCGCCAGGCAACGAAUGAAACACAGUAUGCUGCUCAUUGCCUGCGGGAGAAAGUAGACCGCAUGCGCGAGCAGUACUCGCUUCGCGGAUGUGCGCCUAAGCCGAAAACCUACCCGCGCGACGCCGACAGCAAGUACGGGCUCUUCUGGUUCGGGCGAGGGAAGUACGAGGGUGAUUGUGAUGCCGAGGACGAAUGCGUGGAUGACAACGCGGCCACCUCACUUCCAAAGCAGCCUCAGCAGGGGGAGGGUGAAAAUGCAGGGGAGCUGAGCCAUGACGACUCGGAAGCGGAGGACACACCUGACGAAGAGCGAUUUAAGGUGUGGCGGCCAAUUGAGGGUCCGCCACUGCGUAGAGAUAAGGCCAGCUCUGUGUCACUCGUCGCGGCCAGCAGUCGUCGACAGCAUCAUGGCAGAGUCCCGCGCCCUACUCCCAAGCCUUUGCCUGCUUUACGAGCGGAGAACUCGGCCUUAACGCCGCCGUGGGCAGAGGAUUGUGAUGUGAACAGUGUGCCAAAGGAGGGACAAACGAGUCGCGUGAAACGGCAACACGAACUUUACAAAAGUGGCAUGCUUCCCCGUGGGAAGGGCGGUAUCGAUGACGUCCUUCGCCAUGCUCGCGCUUCUCAGGCCCUAGUUCUAGACCUGCAGAAGUGGCGGAUGCGAGAGGAUGAGCGGCGGAGCCAACACGCACUGAGGAGGGCGCUAGACGAGCAAAUAAUCGACAAAAGGAAACGUCAGUUGGCGCAGCUUGAAGAGGAACUUGUCCACAUAUACGGGCCCACUAUGCGCCAUAUUCUUCACGAUGCUUUUGGACAGGCUCCGAGCAUCCAGCGGCAGCAGCAGAUCCAUGGAGUUCCCGCGGAUAGUGAGAAUAAAAAUGACGAUGAUUUGUUUUUGACCUUACACCAAAAGGAACUUCCGCAGCGGAGUUUUAGAGUUCGCGCAGUUACGGAAGAGUCACGCUUGCGGGAGGCGCGACUUGCUUGGUUGUCUGCAUGGGAAGAGCACAAGCGAAGCCUGGGCGCUGCAGACUUGACACCAACGGCAAGUGGAUGCGGUGACGACGCAUUGAGCUUCGCAACGACACCUCCCCUCUCCCCAAGCUUCCGUCUUCCCAAUCAGCCAUCGUCAGACAAAAUGUUUGCUGCUGAACGGCAGCGUCACGAGCCACUCCACCACCGGCAUCGUUACCUCUCAGCCAAGAAAAAGGAAGAGGCUACGGCAGGACUUAACAAGAGCACAUCAUUUUCUUUCUGA